CGUGAGCCGAUCUACGACGACGACGACCGCGGCGACGAGGAGGGGAUUUCUGUCCUAUAAAAGCACCGCUCGGGAGGGCGCCGACGUUUUAUCGUAGAGCACCUCGCCGUCCAGCAACAUCUCGAUUCGCACCAUCUCCUGAUCUUCCAGACUAGCUCGAAAAUGAAAGUAGCCAUCUGUUUGCUCGCCCUCGUUGCGGUGGCCGUGGCCGCCCCCCAGGAACGGGACGGUGCCGCCCUCACGAACGAGGCCAUCCGACAGGCCCAGUCGCAGCAGCUGAUCCCGCGCGACGCCACCAUCCAGGGCGUCCAGGAGGGCAUCCAGGUGGCGGCCAUCGAGUCCAUCCCCGGCGAUCAGCGCGUCGACCUGUUCCAGCUGCUCGGCGACCAGGUCCCGCGGGAGGUCAUCACGAACCUGCAGUCCCAGGUCGACCAGGUUGGACACAACUAAGGAGCGCGAAGGGACUAUUUUAUCACGUAGACCGAAGCUAGGCACGAAACGAAUCUCUGGACGUUGAUUUUUGGACACCGAACUGGACAACACCACACGGAGGCAUUAGGACAGUAUUUUUGUUAGUAUGAUAGCGAUAGAAGAGGUGUAGCUCGCUCGACAAGUCGUACCAGAGUAUGAUUUUUGUUUCUCUCUUUUUUUAAUACAUAUGUUUUGUAAAGUUACCCCCCAGCGGUUAGAGUUGACGAAAGAAAAAGAAAACACACUUGUUAUUCUUCCACGAUAGUGCCAAUACUCUUUUUGCAUCGCAGCAUUGCAAAAAGAAGCGAUUUUUUUAUUAAAACUUGUUUAUUUACCAACGUAGACGUUAAGAAAGAAAAAAAAGUGUUUGGUAAAAAAUAAAGAAAGAAGAUGAAAAGUA